AGGAUUUCAUACUGUUGUUCACUGGGGUGCAGAAAUACCCUAUCUGCUAUUAAAUGACAUUAAUUUGGUAUAUGUGUCAUCCUCGUAACAACAACAACCAUUUGGCUCACUAUACAAAAUUAUCCUUAAAUGUAUAAUGGGUGUCAAAGUAUCUCUCAGAUUUAAUUGUCAAAAUUUUUCCUACUUAGGGUUAUACAAAAGCUAUUUCUAGGGGGGAAUGUAUGAAUUUUGGAGAGAUGAUCAUCGUGGUUUUAAGGGAGAGAAAACAUUAUCUUUGAGUUAAAUCCACAUAACCGUAAAAAGAACCAAAGAAACUUCAGCAAGAAUAUUUCUAUCCUUUACAUUUUAAUGUGCCCUGGCAUACAAAGAAGAGAACAACCAAUGUUACAUUUGCAGAAGCUGAACUGGAGUCUGUGGACUUAGAUAAGUGAUUUAAAAGUCCUCCAACCCAGUUUCGAAACAGACAAUCCUUUGUUAAAACAAAAUACAUUUUCCAGUAGUACUCUAUUUUUCCUCUUACUUCAGUCAUUUCAUUUACUAUUCCAUGUUAUCCUAGGUUUUUAUUUUUAUUUUUUUCCAUGUGUAAAUAUCCUUAUUGACAUUUCAACUUCUUCCUGUAAGGUUUUGGAGAGGGAAAUAUUUACACUUGAUCCAAAGUUUACACAAAAUCUCUUUGUAACAAAUGACCAGAAAAAAUCGUACCUCACUGACCGAGUUCAUCCUGCUGGGAUUAGCAGACACCAUGGAGCUACAGAUCACCCUCUUUUUGUUCUUUGUUGUGAUUUACACACUCACAGUCCUGGGGAAUGUGGGGAUGAUCCUGCUAAUCAGGGCAGACUCUCGACUUCACACACCCAUGUAUUUCUUCCUGGCUAACUUGUCUUUUGUGGAGGUUUGCUACUCGUCCACCAUCACCCCAAAGAUGCUGGUAGAUCUCUUGUCUGAGAAGAAAACCAUCGCCUUUGCUGGCUGCUUCCUGCAGAUGUAUUUCUUUAUCGCCCUGGCAACAACUGAAUGCAUCCUCUUUGGGUUAAUGGCCUAUGACCGUUAUGUGGCCAUAUGUAACCCACUCCUCUACUCCUUAAUCAUGUCCAGGAGAGUCUGCCUUAAAAUGGCAGCUGGGGCCUUUACAGCAGGAUUACUGAACUCCAUGGUUAACACAAGUUAUGUAAGCAGCUUACCAUUGUGUGGUUCCAAUAUCAUCCAUCACUUCUUCUGUGACAGCCCCCCUCUUUUUAAGCUCUCUUGUUCUGACACAAGCCUGAAUGAAAGCAUCUUUUCCACUUUUGCCUGCGUGAAUAUGUUUGGAACUCUGCUGGUCAUCAUUACUUCCUACUCCUACAUUCUCUUCUCCAUCUUUCAUAUGCAUUCAGGGGAGGGGAGGCGCAAAGCAUUCUCAACUUGUGCCUCCCACUUGACUGCUAUAAUUCUGUUCUAUGCAACCUCCAUCUGUACUUAUUUGCGUCCCAGGUCUAGUUACUCCCUGAGUCAGGAUGAAGUGGCUUCUGUGUUCUACACAGUAGUGAUCCCCAUGCUGAAUCCCCUGAUCUACAGCCUCAGGAAUAAGGAAGUAAAGAAGGCUUUGUGGAAUGUGACUACCAGGAAAAGAAUCCCUUCAUUUCUGAUGCUGCCUGGUUAAUUUUUCUGAACUAAAUUGAGUAUUUAGUUAUUUCCCGAACAAAAUAAAGUUUUUGAUUAACUUCCAAGGGCUAAUUCAAACAUACAGGUUCUCAUUAGAAUAUUUUCAAAGUAAACACAUUCUUUUAAUACUCAGAUAUCUGUAUCUAAUUAGAGAUAAGAUAAAUUAGACAAAUAAUAACAGGGGCAUGGAUGUUUAUGCUAUAAUCAGUCUAUAUGGUCACUGGGUCUUUUAAAAUAGAACUUAUUUAUAAUGCACACUUGGCUGUAGAAAAAAGGAGAUUAAGUAUUUAGAGACAAAAGUCACAAUAUCACAUAGAACUAGCCAUAUAGAAUAUUUUGGUCCACCAAAAAAAAAAAAAAAUUUUUUUUUAUUCAAUGUUUUCCCAUAUGCAUUCUUUUUUACCACUUGUUAAGAUAACUGUU